UAAUUUGUGGAACUACAACAAUAGUUAGUAUGGAAAAUCUGUUUGCAUUGGUGAAAAUGAAGAUAAUGCACAAGGAGAUCACGAUAAUAUCAGCUUACAACCACACAUGCUUGUACAUAUUAUUGAGAUGUUUCAAAUGCGCAUUCGUCGUUACAAUGCCCUGCUACUGCUGCAGUUUGGUAAAAAAACAAGUGAAGACUAUCCGAACCCUACUACACUCUGGAAUUAAUGCAAAAAAUAAAAAUCAACGUGAUGAACUAAAAGCCUUUUACCAGCUGACAAAGGACAACGACUUUUCACACAAGCUGUUCAGCGUCGUCAAUCUCGCCAUGGACUUCCCCCUUAAGUACCUUAAUACUUGUCUCACUUACAUCAUCAUAAUGAUUCAGUUCUCUAAAUUCAUAGAUUGAU